GCGAGGACGUUGUGUCCUCUCUUCUGGACUUGAGCAUGCUCCAGGCUCGUCAGGAGCGACUCACCCUCCAUGUCGCUGCACUGAGUCACCUUCUCACCAUCCUCUCUGACCCUAAUCGCACCCUCCCGAUCAUCCCAGUACGACUCGGGACCUUCACGAGGGUGUACUCAGCGAUGUGGGAUUCCGGUUCUCAGGGCGACUUCAUUCACCCACGCGUGGUGAAAGAAGCCUGCUUACCCAUGACAGGGUCUCCGACUCCCAUCUCCGUUACCUUAGGGGAUGACAAGACCCAGGGCUUCUUCGUUCAGACGGUCACCGACCUCCCUUUCUUCCUCACUCUCGAGCUGACUGAUCGUUCCCCGGCAUCUUGUCGCCACCGCUCCUCUGCACAUUUUGAUGUGAUGGAGACGGGGUACAACUUCAUCCUCGGCACUCUGUGGUCUCGUCGGUUCCGCAGCACCGUGGCCGAUUGGGCGACCAACACUCUCGUUCUCAAAACGAAGUGUGGACAGACGUAUCGCGUACCUUUCAUAGGUACCACCGCGACACCACGCCCCGAUCCUCCUUCCCCGGAGCUUUCCGUGUCCACACCAUCUCCGUCUAUCAGUGUCACCUCGCCUCGGCAGUUCGCCCACUUCAUCCGAGAGGACGACGUCACCUUCUUUAUGGUGAACGUGACGGAUCUCYUACACUAUGAUCCACCCUGUCCYGACGCCGAGCUCAUCCCUCUGGAGCUAGAUCCUCCUUCUAUCUCCAUGGCUCCCAUCUCUACUCCCGCCCCUCAGCCGUCCGUCGAGUCCACCCCGCAGUCGCGCGCUGACGCUGACGCUGAGGAACUCGCACGAUAUACGGCCGACUUGGAGCCCGCAGUUCGUGACCUCAUYCGAGAGUACCACGACGUUUUCCCAUCGUCGUUCUCGUACGCUGGCAUCCCACCGAUGCACGACGUCGAGCACUCCAUCCAGCUUGUGCCUGACUAUCGUGUUCACCACCAGGCACCCUACAGACUCUCGAUCCCCGAGGCCACCGAACUCAAGCGUCAACUUGAGGAGCUCCUGAGACUGGGUUUCAUUAAACCCAGCAACUCCCCGUGGGGUGCACCCGUCCUCUUUGCUCGCAAAGCGGAUGGAACUCUUUGUCUCUGCAUCGACUAUCGCGGCCUCAACCGCUACACGGUUAAGAACAGCUACCCCAUGCCUUCUUCCGACGAGCUGUUCGACCGCCUAGCAGGCAACCGCUUUUUUACGAAGAUUGAUCUUUGUAGCGGUUACCAUCAGAUCCGCGUCGCUGCAGCCGACCAGCCGAAGACCGCGUUCCGAUCGCGCUUUGGCCACUACGAGUUCACGGUGAUGCCAUUCGGCCUCACCAAUGCACCCGCUACCUUCCAGAGGGCGAUGAACGACAUCUUCAGGGACAUCCUGGAGCAGUACGUUCUCGUCUACCUCGACGAUAUCCUGGUCUACAGUCAUACCCUUGAGGAACACCUCAGACACCUCCGUGACGUCCUUGACCGCUUGCACAAACAUGGCUUCUAUGCCAAGUUGAGCAAGUGCCGCUUUGCCCAGCACAAAGUGAAUUUCUUAGGACACUACGUGUCUGACCAGGGUCUCCACAUGGACGACGAGAAGAUCACUGCUAUUGCGGAGUGGCCCGCCCCCACAUCCGCCAAGCAGCUUCGCAGUUUCCUAGGCUUCACCAGCUACUAUAGUAACUUCAUCCGGGGAUACGCUAGGUAUUCCUACGUCCUUACCUCCACCCUCCUCCGGAAGAACCCACCCUGGGCUUGGACACCCCUCCACGAGGACGCCUUCCGCGCCCUCAAGAAGGCGGUGACAUGCGCACCGGUUCUUCACCUACCCGAUUUUGAUCGCCCUUUUAUCCUUACCACCGAUGCGUCAGACUUUGCUGUAGGAGCAGUGCUUUCUCAGGUCUUUUCCUCCUCUCCUGAUUCCUCUUAUCCUCGUAUCCAUCGCUUCUCACCACCUACCACUACCACUGCUUCCCGACUGACGCCUACUCGUCCAGCUACUUACGAGCCUUCUAUUGACUAUUCUCCUACCAUCGCCGAGGACGACACUGUCCAGUCUCGCUCAGGUGAUUGUUCCAUAGCCUUCUCCUGUACGGGGCACCGUUCACGUUUCACCACUGAGCACAUCAAGGGUGAGACUAAUCGGGUCGCAGAUGCCUUAUGCCGGCGCCUUGACCACGACCAGGAGCAGAUCCAGCUCUCUUCCAUCUCGGUCACCACUGUCCACCACUCGGUGAUCGACGAGUUUCGCACUCAGUACCGCCACUGCCCCGACUAUCGCGACAUCCACGCGACCCUUCGGAGUGGCAAGACCGUCCCGAACUACUCUCUCGGGGACAACGGUCUCAUGUACUGGCACGGUUCACAGGGCACCAGAGAGCCCCGUAUUUGCGUUCCCUCCACUGGACAGCUACGUGUCCGAGCAGUAGCAGAGUUCCAUAACCAGGCAGCCGCCGGUCAUAUGGGCUUCCACAAAACGUUGCCUCGUGUGAGCCGCCUGUACGUCUGGCCGAAGCGCAAGGACUUUGUGAAGGACUACGUCGCAGAGUGUCCCACCUGUCAGGAGGUGAACAGUGCGAACCACCUGCCUUAUGGUUUGCUCCAGCCUCUUCCUAUCCCUGAGGGUCGUUGGCAGUCCAUCUCGAUAGACUUUAUCGGUCCUCUUCGUCCUCCGACCCCCCGCGGUCAUGAUGCUAUCCUGGUCGUCGUCGACCGCUUCACGAAGCGUGCACGCUUUGUUCCGUGCCACUAUGCCAUCAGUGCACGUCAGGUCGCAGACAUCGUGUUUGACCAAGUCGUGCGUGACCACGGCUUACCACUGAGCAUCAUAUCUGACCGUGACCCAUGCUUUACCAACCGAUUCUAGCGACGGCUCCACGAGGUGUACGACACUCAACUCCGCUUCUCCUCGUCUUACCAUCCUCAGACUGAUGGUCAGACCGAGAUCACGAACAAG